AUGUCUUCCUUUGUCAAAUUACUGGAAGAAAUCCCAAUACGCGAUCGUGCCUACUUUACUCUUGAACGCGACUGGUCAUUGUUGGAUUUCUUACUCUAUCGACAACAGCACGCAAAUUUUCUGGCUGAUAAAUGUGGUGAACACAAGCGGUAUGUCCAUAACCUGUCAACGAUAAUAGAUUGUGACGAUUUACCUGAAGAAAACGAAAAGAAAUCAGAUUUGAUUAAAGAAUUCUGGAUUAAUGCCAUCCCAACACAAAAACGAAAAAUUGGCGAAUUUUUUGAAGAAUUGGACUGUGAAUAUGAAAUAAAAAGUGUAGAUACAGCAAAAGUGUUGAUUAUGAAGAAAGCAACAGCACGAUUAGAAGAGACAUUAGAAAUUCAAGAACAAAGAAGUAAUAAAAAGAGGAAGACAGAAGGGCAUGUUGGUGUGGGGGAUACUUUACCCAAUGAAAAAAAUUUUAAGAAGGCAACUCCACUAGAUCUUAUACCAUCAGAUGAAAGUGAAGAUAAUGAACCACCAUUAACAUCAGCAGAUGAUGAAGAUGAUGAUAUUCCUGAUCCAGACAGAGUUCUUGAUUUCUUCCCCAAAAACUCACAGAAAUGGAUUCUUCCUUCAGGCAAAUCUGUUGAGAAUAUCUUUACAAUGAAUGUGUCCAAAAACUCAAAAACAUGUAAACAAAAGAAAAAGCCAACAGCCACAGAAAAGGCUGCCUUGUGUUAUGGUGCCUCGAGAAUAAUAGAUUUGUCAGCACAUAUGAGGGCUUGGUUUUCCCCUGCUGAUAGGCAGUUUAUGGUCAAGAAUCAUGAGAAAUUGCUUAAAGUCCCAGAGCUGCCCAAUGAAGUCAAUUUGUUCAUUUCAGAGGUUGAGAAGAUGGUGUGUGAAGACAAGUCAAAAGCUGCCCUCAAGCUAUGUACUGCAAAGUAUAAUGACUCACCAAUUGAUAGCUGCAUCAACAAGAUCAGUAAAAUCUAUAGUGAAUUUAUUUACAAAACUAUAGAUGGAGAUGAUAUGCUGGAAUGUGAUUCUGUAGGACACACAGAAAUUGAUAUCAUUAAAGCAUUCUCAUACAUCAUGGAUGGAUUGAAUAAAGGUCUCAGGAUACGUCACAAAUGGGGUGAUGUGCAUUUCUCGUCCUCAUCAGGAAUGGAUCUGGGAGAGUGGGAGUUUGCUUUUGCUGGGGUUAAUGGCCAGAUGUUGAUAGAGGAUUUGGUGAACGGAUUCUAUGUCAUCUUUCCAGGACAAAAAUUCCUGCUGCCCACCAAACUUGCUCAAAUUGAAAAGCUGAAGUCAGCUGUAAAAAUUACCAAAUAUAUGAUGGAUAUGUAUAGAGAAACUGAUACUUUGAUAAAUAACUUGGAGGUCGGGUAUCAUGCAUUUGAUGAUAUAUUCGAGAUCAAUGAGCCUGACACAAAAAUAUCGACACAUUACAAAUCCAGCAUUUGCAAUCCUUGGUGGACUCCAAAACAACAGAAGCAAAAAUAA